UAAAUAAUGAAGUUGAAGAGACACUGAAAAAAAAUAACUUGGUUGCGGUUUUGUCAAAAUUAGAACAAUCAUUUGAUAUUUAUUUCGAUUUAAAACUCAACAGUUUUUCAAAUGGAUUUAGAAGUGUCAUUCAUUUGACUAUAGGAGAGGAUAAUUCGAAAUACGGUGAUCGAAUUCCUGGCAUUUGGAUUUCUAAUCAAAUGUUACACGUUGGUUUUGCAAUAAACAAUAAUAAAAAUGAAUUUUUUAAUUCCAAACCACUUCAACGAGGCGAGUGGAUAAAUAUUCAUAUACGUCAACACGCUGAAUCGGGAAGAGCUUCUUUUACUUUAUAUAUCAAUAACGAAAAUGUAUAUACUGUACAAAACUUCAACCCACAAGUAUUUACAAAUGUCAAAGUUUACGCAGGAGAUCCGUGGUAUGAAGCUCAGGAUGGCUCCAUUAAAAUGUUCAAUGUCAUUAAUGGAUAUUUAGAUGGCAAAAAGGAAGUGAAAAAGGACGCCAUACGAAAAAAGGCGUUUCGGUUAAAUUAUUAAUAUAUGUCAACGACUUGAUUUUUUAUUUCAAAUUUCUUUUUAUUUGUAGUUUUGAUAGUUUUUUUAGUAUGUAAUUUUUGAUGUUUUGAAUUUGUAUUUUUUAUUUUAAAAUACAUCUUUCGCAUUGCAUUCUGUUUAGUUUUUUAUUUUAAAGAAAUUACUGUAUAUUCCGAUGAUUUAUGUAUCAAAGCUAAUAGAAAAAUAACAAAAUAUAUGCAAAAUAU